AUGAAAGAAAAAGCUAUAGGGAUGAGCAGCGCCUGCUACAAGGUAGCCAGUACGUUUUGUGAUUCCAUUUGUUUUUCCAGAGAACGUGAUUAUAAUGAUUUGCUAACUCCUCAUUCCAGACCUACAAGGGACCGCCGUGCAAUUCCUAUCCAACCAGGCUCGAUCGCGAAGAAACAUGAGACGUUUAAGCCCACAAAUACCAUCGGAGUCAAGCCAGGGACGCGGGUAAAUCAGUCUUCGUCGGUGCCGAGUCUUCCUUUCUCCAGACCCAAACCUUUGGAACUGGAUAGUUCUACGGUUAUACCUGAUUCAGAUGAAGAGCUUACUCCACCAAGAAAGCGAUUGAAACGAGAAUCCCCUGAAAUAAUUGACCUUGAAGAGAAUGAGCCACCGUUGGCCGUUCCAGAAACUUCUGAUACCAAUAUCAUAGCUGAAAAGUCUCCUUCACGAACCCCAGUUCGAGCACAGAAAGGCAUAUUCCAAAUAACUUCAAAAUACGGGCGCAUCGCGAAUCCACGCCAAGAAUCACCAGCUCCUGUGACUCCGAAGAGUAAACCAUGGACUGGUCGCAGAGCAGAUACAUUCACUGAUUCAGAAGACGAGAAACCUAAAAAACGAUCAAAACAAGAGCAAACAGAUGCCACCGGUAUUGACUUCAAGGAUACGUCUACCGCUCAUAAUAGGCCCCGUGACCGAACAGUCCCUGCGGUAGUGGUGAAAGUUCCAGAUCCUGCAAUGAUACAGUAUUACCCAAAGGAAAUAGAGAAGAGAGUGGAUUGCCGUUCCUCCCGAAGCAAUGAUCGGCACAUUGAUGAUCUACGAGAGAGCCCGGAUGAACUCCAAGGAAACAAGACCGUUCCGGAUACUUGGAAAGAGCAUAGCAGUCUCAAAAGAGAAGUUUCACCAAGCAACAUUCGUCACACUAUGUUUACCAGCACCGUGGACCGGAAAUCCUCUCAGCAGCCAAUAGAGAAGAAAUCGAAAGGGAAGCCGUCACUAGUAACCUUUGACAUCAGCGUGUUUCGUUAUGGCGACUUCUCGGCAGAACCGGUGUCCCGAUUAGCUUACAAUACAGAAACUUCCAAGUUUCUUGUGAUACCUGCUAGUGUUGAUGUAGACUCUUUAAAGGCUCGGUCAUUCGACAUAUUGAGGGCGAACAAAAUGGAUUAUAGCGAAGUCAAUUGCGGCAAAAUUCGACUCUCUUUUCCAAGGUCGCAGAAACCAGGCCUUGAAUCUGCUUAUAUUGAGUUUCCCAGUGAUCGAGAGAGAGAAAAAUUUUGGAGAUUUCUUCAAAGAAGAUCACCUUCUCUUAAACGGCACUCAAGGAAAAGGUAUAUAUUAACCCUACGUGCGAGAUCCCUAGUAGAAAAUAUGUAA